GCCAUCCCGGCAUGCACUGCGAGGUCUGCGGUAUAUUAUUGACAAAGGAAAAAGGCUAGAGAGAGAAACAACAACAGGGUGGGAUCAGAGGCACUAACCCUUGUGAUAGCAGUAACGUUAUAAGAACCUGUGUGCUGACAGCAAGUACCAUGUCCUGGCCCUGAGGCGAUGAGCGGGAAGUGCCAUUUCCACCUGAAGGGAGCUUACACAGCUUGAUAGUUUGUGGAGAGAGAGGUGGGGGGCCCAGACAGACCGUGGACGGGGAAGGGGAAGAGCUCAGCUGAAGCCAAUGCAGCAGCAGCAGCAUCGACAGCCUGAGCUGGUGGAAGGAAGCCUUCCCGUGUUCGUGUUCCCCACUGAGCUCGUCUUCUACGCAGAUGAGCAGACGUCUCACAAGCAGGUGCUCACCCUCUACAACCCCUAUGAGUUCGCCCUCAAGUUUAAAGUGCUGUGUACAGCGCCAAACAAGUACACUGUGGUGGAUGCCACCGGAGCUGUUAAACCACAGUGUUGUGUUGACAUAGUAAUCAGACACAGAGACGUGCGGGCAUGCCAUUAUGGGGUGUACGACAAGUUCCGACUGCAGGUGUCGGAGCAGAGUCAGCGGAAAGCUCUGGGUCGCAAAGAGGUGACUGCUACCCUCCGUCCCUCAGCCUCACAGGAGCCGCCCAGCCCCCGGCCCCAAGAUGAGGAACGCAGAAUCAAAGAGCAGUUCGCAGAGAGCGAGUUUUUUGAACAAACUGCAUUUCAGACAGAGAGCCGUCCUGUUGCUGGAGGCCCCAGUCUGCUGACGGUGCUGCUUGGGCUGGUGUGUAUGGCUGCCCUGAUGCUCCCGACUCUGGGGGAGCAAGAAUCUACUGUGCCUGUCUACCUCCACUUAAGUGUUAACAAGAAACUUGUAGCUGCUUAUGUUCUCGGUCUUCUUACAAUGGUCAUCUUACGCACAUGAAGUGCCGUGAGCUGAGAGGAGGAGGAGGGAAAACGAAAAAAGACGAGGGGAACCUUCUCGCACCACAGACACUACUACGAGUCAAUGAGUACAAGUGACAGCAGGGGGGACGGGGUAAUUGGUCAGAUCACUCCGUCCUCUGGUAGAAAUACAUUUUAGUAGACUUGUUUUUCAAAUCCACGUGUUAAAACAUAGUUUGACACAAUACUGAACUGAUGCAAACAGCGGAGACCUCCAGUGUGUAGGCCAAAGGAUUGGUGGUGUGAGAGGAGCUGUCCCUGAGCAGGGCCUGUGAAGAAACAUGAGGCCAUUUAUAGGUGUGGUCUGGCCUCAUAUUGCCCGUGUCUGUAUUUCUAUUGCCAUUAUGUUACAGAAUGUGGUUAACGUAAGUAGGAAGGAAAUCUACAUGCAAACAUGUAUAUAAAGCCAUUCAAAUGUUAUGGUAUUCACCUGUAACCAUCAUUAUAUUGAUGUUUUAAAGCAUUUUUAGAGUAGACUCUGGGGACUAAAUGAAGUUAUUUGCAGAUACCUUAUCUGAAUGGCUUCUUAUUUUUAUUCCAGCCCUAAGAUACUUUUACAUGUCACCAAAGGAAACAUUUUCUUUGGAAGACGAUGCUUUGUUCACCGUACUAUAUCUAUGCUCAUCAAAUGUUUAAUAAAGUCUCAAUCCAGCUGUCUGGUAUGAUGUUA